AUUCAUUGUUCUAUCUAUGAUGAAGCAUUUCUUGGAUGUGGUAAUAUUGUGAAAUUAAAUGGAUAACCACAAGGAAGGAUAUCGGACCUCAUCGCCGACUGCCCACGUCGGAGGAAUCGCUUCAACUCCGACGACCACUCUACCACGCAUCGGCUCCUCGGGACAAUGAGCGAGGAUCCCAGUUCACAGCAGAUCAAGCGGGGGAGGGGAACGACGCCUUCAUAAGAAGGAGGAGAGACCAAGGAAAAGAUGAACACUGUUCACUGAGCGUUUCGUUCAUUUUGCCCCUCCUUCACAUCCACCGCCAUGUCUGUCCAAGCGAACGGCCGAACCCCCUCCCAACCCUUCAGCCAGUCGCCCUUCCAGACGCGGUCCGACUUUCAAGAGGCGUGUAAGGCGAUUCUCGACCCUCUAGUCCCCCGUUUCACUCCCGGAUGCAGCCGUAUCAAGAUCGGGUCUUCGACGACCCGUUUCGACGAGGGCGGGGCCCAGAUCGAAGGGUUUGCCCGUCCGCUCUGGGGAUUGGGCUCCCUGCUGGCCGGCGGGUAUCAGUAUUCUGAAGCCGCUCGCUGGCGACAAGGUCUUAUCAACGGGACGGACCCUAACAGCCCGGAGUUCUGGGGCGAGAUCGAGGAUCUGGACCAACGGAUGGUCGAGAUGUGUCCCAUUGGAUACGCGCUGGCGGUUGCGCCGCAUGAGUUCUGGGAUCCAUUGACUGAGAGCCAGAGAAACAAUGUUGCCGCCUGGUUGGCGAGUAUCAACGCGAGGGAAAUGCCAAACACAAACUGGCUGUGGUUCCGAGUGUUUGCGAAUCUUGGGCUAAGAAAGAAUGGGGCCCCUUAUUCAUUGCAGCGCAUCGAGGCAGACAUGGACCAUCUGGAUACGUUCCAUGUCGGCGGUGGCUGGAGUAACGAUGGCCCCAAAAGCCACCAUCAGAUGGACUACUAUUCUGGCUCCUUUGCCAUCCAGUUCCUACAGUUGCUGUACUCGAAGCUGGCGGGGGACUUUGACCCGGAGCGAGCUGAGAGAUAUCGGGUUCGCGCGAAGGAGUUCGCAAGGGACUUCGUGCAUUACUUCAAUCCAGACGGCAGCGCAAUUGCCUUUGGCCGGUCCUUGACAUACCGCUUCGCCAUGGUUGGAUUCUGGGGAGCUCUCGCCUUUGCCGAUGUUGAGCUGCCUGCGCCCCUGACCUGGGGGGUGGUGCGAGGCAUCCUGCUGCGACAUUUCCGGUGGUGGUCGACCAAAGAGGACAUCUUCAACAGCGACGGGACGCUCUGUCUGGGCUACUGCUACGCGAACAUGUACGUGACGGAGAACUACAACUCCCCCGGCUCGCCAUACUGGUGCUGCCUGUCGUUCACCCCAUUGGCCCUGCCAGAGACACAUCCGUUCUGGACCGCGGCCGAAGAAGCAUACCCCAGCGCGGCACUGGCAGAGAUCACCGCCCUCACGUACCCGAAACACAUCACUGUCCGGCGCGGCGGACACUCGUUCCUCCUGUCGUCAGGCCAAGCCUGCCACUACCCGCUUAAAGCGACGCAGGCCAAAUACGGCAAGUUCGCGUACAGCUCUGCGUUUGCUUACUCCGUCCCUACAGGCGGGUACCAGCUCGAGCAGCACGCCCCGGAUAGCAUGCUCGCCAUCUCCGCAGACGGCGGCGAGAUCUGGCAGACCCGCCGCCAGGCCCUGGACGCGCGGUUCGAAUGGCACGACGAAAUCCCCGUCCUGGUCUCGGGCUGGAACCCCUUCCCAGACGUAGAGGUAGACUCCUAUCUGAUCCCCCCGACGGCAGACCAUCCCAACUGGCAUGUACGUGUGCACCGCGUGCGCACAGGACGAGCCAUUAUGACCUCCGAGGGCGCGUUUGCCAUCUACGGCUGCCGCAGCGAUACAGGCCGCCUUUUAGGCCCGUUGAAAUUAUCGUCUAAUACCUCCUCCUCUUCCUCUUCCCCUUCCUCCUCUUCUUUAGAAGGAACGAUGCAUCAAUCACAGCAGGCCCUUGCAGUCUCUAUCAAAGGUGCAGUGGGGAUCGUCGAGCUCCAAGACACGGUCGAGCGUGACGGUCGAAUCGUCCUGGCAGAUCCGAACUCGAACCUUAUCGAUGGCCGGACGGUGCUUCCCUCGCUAGGACGGGCGUUGCAGGCCGACACCGAGACGUGGUUCGUCACGGCGGUGUUUGCCCUGCCGGCUGAUGCGGGGGGAAAAUGGCGUGAGAAAUGGCAGAGUGGAUGGGAGAAGAGGCCUGGUAUUCCCAGUGGAAUUAUCUGUUAAUAGAGUG